AUGAAUAAUAUAGAAUGCGAGAACAAAAAUAUACAAUUUCAAGGCUUACCAGAGCUCCAUCAACUGCUUCUAUCUGGAGACUUCAAUAAAUUUCUCAGAUCCCUUAAAAGCUUGAAUUCCUCAUUUUUUCUGGAUGAAUCUAACCAAAAUAUACUAACUUUUUCAUUAUUUCUUUUUGAGAGCCUACUCCAGUGUAUACUAUGCUCUGGAUCGAUUUUUGAUCAUUUGGAAAACAUAAAGGAUGACAUGUUAUUUUACUUGAAAGAGAGAAAGAAGUGUGAACUUAAUUAUACAUUCAGGAUUACAAACGAAGAUGAACGAGGUUUCACUUUGUUACCUUUAGAUUAUAAACAUUCAAUUAGAAGUACGUUUCAAGGAAGCAAUAGUCCCAAUUUCAGUAACACCCAAUUACAAGAGGAUAUGUACAAGGACCCUGUAGUACCACCAAAAGAAUUCUUGGAGGUAAUAGGAUAUAAAGAGCCUAUUACUCAGGCUGCAAUAUUUCAAUUUCCUUGUGAAGCCUCAGCUGAGGAGCUAAUGACUGAAAAGAACUUAAUUGAUACCUUGCGUCAGCAGUUGAUAGAUGAAUCUUGGACUGAUCAACUGAAUUCUAUCUGCAAAUUUCUUACAGAAUUAUCAAAGAUUGUUGUUAUUCUAGUAACAAAUUACCAGCCAACAUACGAAAAGUUUUGUAGUGAGACUAGUGGUAUAAUAUAUAAAUCUAUGAAAUUCCCCUUAUUCUAUUUAGCACUAAUGAAAGUUCUAUUUGAUAAAUAUCCAAUAAUGGACAAAACCCAAGAGGAACUUAAUCCGAAGGACCCAGGUGAUUCUCGUAGACUUAUCAAUAUAAUUAGACGAAACAGGUUACCAGGACUGAAAAUCAUUGAAUUCAUUUUCAACAUAUUAACUCCAAUGACGGAAGUUCUAGAUAUUCUUGGUGGAAGCUCAGCCUGGAACUGUAGGGCACAGUAUGCUCAGUAUUUUCUUCACUUAGCAUUUGUAUUCGAUAAUGCAAAAUUAUUUAAGUUUAUAGCUGCUAAAAGUUAUAUGUUCAGUUACAAUAUAUUUCAAUGGGACCUAUUGCUGAACUCAAUGGCUCAACAUAUUCCUUUGUUAGAUAUAUUUUUGCAUCCGCUUGCUACAGCUAUAACGAGAUUUCGUGUUAUCCGUAGACUUGAGAGUAAGAAUAAACCACUGAAAAAUGGAAAUUCUGAACAAGAUGAUCCUGAUGAAAACUUUGGUAUAGAAGAAACUUCAUUUGGAGAAAAAGCAAGUAUAAUCACAUUCCCUGUGGAACCACGUUUCUUAACUAAUAAAAUAAUUAAAUAUGCAAGGUCAUUCUAUGGAGAAAUAGAAGGGAAGAGACUGGAAAGAAGUAUACAGUUAGAGUUUAAUAACUGGGAAUAUAUGCCUAUAAGGCCUGAUAGGAUACGAAGUAAAUUAAUAAUGCAAAUGCAAUCGGAUGAGUCUAAAUUAGAUGAAUAUAGGGCCAAAUUAACUGUAAAUAAUAAGAGGCGUAACAAAACUGCACUAUAUAGCGUUUUACCUCCUUUGUCUUAUCCAAUUGAAUGUAAGAAGAAUUAUUCAUCUACAAAGGAGAUUCCUGGUCAGAUAUAUGCCCAAUCAUAUUACUCUCCUAAAAUGGAUAUACCUGUAGGUACUAAAUUGGAUUAUGGCUUGACUUAA